CAGAUAUAGUGAAUGCAGGGUCCAGAGAGACCAGAUAUAGUGAAUGCAGGGUCCGGGGAGAGCGGAUAUAGUGAAUGCAGGGUCCGGGGAAAGCGGAUUGUGGGGGACCAGAUAUAGUGAAUGCAGGGUCCGGGGAGACCAGAUAUAGUGAACACAGGGUCCGGGGGGACCAGAUAUAGUGAGUUGCAGGGUCCGGGGAGACUGGAUAUAGUGAGUGCAGGGUCCGGGGAUACCAGAUAUAGUGAGUGCAGGGUCCGGGGGGGACCAGAUAUAGUGAGUGCAGGGUCCAGGGAGACCAGAGAGAGUGAAUGCAGGGUCCGGGGAGACCAGAUAUAGUGAAUGCAGGGUCCGGGGAGACCGGAUAUAGUGAAUGCAGGGUCCGGGGAGACUGGAUAUAGUGAAUGCAGGGUCCGGGGAGACUGGAUAUAGUAAAUGCAGGGUCCGGGGAGACCAGAUAUAGUGAGUGCAGGGUCCCGGGA